CUCAACAGCUUCCCGCAAUAGCUAGUAAAACUUUGCCAACUACAAGGGGCCAGCAAUCGCAGCCCAUUCAGCCACAACAGCAACUGCACCCAAUUCAGCAGUUGAAAGAGCUGUGCCCCGCCCAACGAGUGAAAUUGUACCCAUAACCAGGGCCAUCCACUGUCUCAAGCAACCAAUAAAGCAAUGGAGAUGGACAGGGUGAAGGAAGUUCUAGAUACACAUGUACCAGAUGGCCGUGAUUUUGAUGUAAAACCUCUCGUCCCCAUCGUUGAGGAUAUCAUGAAACGUGCUACAUUUCUUGGCGGUGGGGCACAAGAUCAAGAUUAUGCUGAUACAUGGGAGGAUACGGCUAUUCGCAGCGGUUACACUGACAUGCCAGAAUUAACAUAUGCUAUCAACAAAACAAUUAAUGAGGUAAUCUGCAACUGCAGUUCGGAGGAGAUGAACAUUUUGUUGCUAUGGCACUCUGCCGGUCACUAUCAAGAUAUGCGUGGGAGGACAAGGUGGCAAUAGCUCUUGCAGCUUUUGCUGUGAGUUAUGGUAAGUUCUGGCUGGUUGCUCAGCUUCGCACUACGAAUCCACUAGCCAAGUCACUUGCAGUUAUUAGGGAACUCCCAGAAAUAAUCGAGCAUACUGAAGCCUUGAAGCGAAAGUUUGAGGCAGUUAGUAACCUCAGUAAGGCAAUGCUGAAUGUGACUUCUUGUAUUAUUAACCUCAAGGAGCUGCCCAUAGAGGACAUUGGUCAAUCAAAUGAAUGGGUGUUUCUUACUGCUCAUGUCCCCACAGCAGUUUACUGGACUGUUCGUAGCAUUGCUGCUUGUUCUUUUAUACUGAACCUUACUGCCCUUGGACCCGAGUAUGUCGACUCAGCUGCGGAGGCGUGGGACUUGAAUGGUGUGGCUCAUAAGCUUGCCAAAAUUAAAGAGGACCUGAAAGAGCAAAUGAAUAGUAUAAAGCAGAAAAUAGAGGACAAGAGACAGAAUGAUGCAUAUAAUGCACUUGUUGAACUGUUUAAGACACCCAACACUGACAACACGAAGAUUCUUAGUGCUGUGAUAAAUGUCAAGGAGCACCAGCUGCACCUGUAUGAUGGAACUAACAAUAAAAGAGCCAGCCUUGACAUAUUGAGAAAGAAACAUGUUUUGCUACUUAUUUCAGAACUUCACAUACCCCAAGAAGAGCUCUCUAUCCUCCAUCAGUUUUACACCGAAUCAAGGCAACAGCCAACUAAGCUAGAUAAACAGUACGAGGUUGUUUGGCUUCCAGUUGUUGACACAUUCUCAAAUGCAACUGAUGAGCAGUUUGAGCUUGUCCAAAACUCAAUGCCAUGGUACUCGUUCACCCUAUCAUGCUUGAGCCUGCUUUCAUCAGAUUCAUCAAGGACGUCAAGAGCUUUGACAAGACACCACAACUUCUGGUCUUGCAUCCACGGGGAGUUUUACCAGGUUACAAUGCUCGGGACAUGAUGUGGGUUUGGGGUAAUUUAGCUUUCCCUUUCACUGAAGAAAGAGAAAAAGAACUAUGGACGGAAGCAACCUUGAUAGAAUUGUUAGCCGACUCCAUUCAUCAAAACCUCUUACUUUGGGCUGAUCAAAACAGAUACAUAUGCUUGUAUGGUGGAGCGGACAUUGAAUGGAUCAGGAGAUUAACAACUAUUAUGCGGUCUGUUGCAAAUACUGCACGUAUCCCUCUGGAGAUGCUCUAUGUGGGGAAAAAAAACCCGAAGGAAAGCAUGAGGAAAAACAAUUUCAUCAUCCAGGCUGAAAA